GCUGCUGAGGCCGGAGCAGAGGACCACGGAGCCCGGGAGCAGGAAGGCGGCGUUCAGGCCGAUUCGCGUCGGGCCGCUGGGAGAGCUCCCUUCAGACCAGCGGGUCGGGGGAACAACGGGCCAGGCUUCCGGGGAGAGGGCCCGCACCACCUCGCGGGCACCGGCCUCCUCCAUUUUUCCCGUUUCUGCGUGGAGCGUUUUAGCAUGUUUUUGAAUGAAUGAAUGUCACCGGAUCUCUUUCCAGUCUCACACCCCGUCAGCCUCUUGGGGGGUGGCAUGGCAUAGUGAGAAGAGUGCUAAGUUGUUGGGAGACCUGGGUUUUUCCCCAAGACUCUGAAAGAGGACAGCAUUCCCAAUGUCCCAGUUUAAGCGCCAGCGGAUCAACCCACUUCCAGGGGGACGCAACUUCUCAGGCGCAGCUUCAACAUCUCUUCUGGGCCCUCCUCCUGGUUUGCUUACUCCUCCUGUGGCCACAGACCUGUCCCAAAGUGCCAGGCACCUUCAGGGUGGAGAAAAGCAACGGGUUUUCACCGGCAUUGUUACCAGUUUGCAUGACUACUUUGGGGUGGUGGAUGAAGAGGUCUUUUUUCAGCUAAGUGUGGUGAAGGGCCGACUGCCCCAGCUGGGUGAGAAAGUGCUGGUGAAGGCUGCAUACAACCCAGGCCAGGCAGUGCCCUGGAAUGCUGUCAAGGUGCAAACACUCUCCAACCAGCCCUUACUGAAGUCCCCAGCACCUCCCCUUCUGCAUGUGGCCGCCCUGGGCCAGAAGCAAGGAAUCCUGGGAGCACAGCCCCAGUUGAUCUUCCAGCCUCACCGGAUUCCCCCGCUUUUUCCUCAGAAGCCUCUGAGUCUGUUCCAAACAUCCCACACACUUCACCUGAGCCACCUGAACAGAUUUCCUGCUCGGGGCCCUCAUGGACGACUGGAUCAGGGCCGAAGUGAUGACUAUGACUCCAAGAAACGCAAACAGCGGGCUGGUGGAGAGCCUUGGGGUGCUAAGAAACCAAGGCAUGACCUGCCACCUUACCGGGUCCAUCUUACUCCCUAUACUGUGGACAGCCCCAUCUGUGACUUCCUAGAACUCCAGCGCCGUUAUCGCAGCCUCCUGGUCCCCUCAGAUUUUUUGUCUGUGCAUCUGAGCUGGCUGUCAGCUUUCCCUCUGAGUCAGCCCUUUUCCCUCCAUCAUCCGAGCCGGAUCCAGGUCUCUUCAGAAAAGGAGGCAGCUCCAGACACUGGUGCUGAGCCUAGCCCUGCAGACAGUGACCCUACUUAUAGUUCCAAGGUACUGCUGCUCUCCUCCCCGGGCCUGGAGGAGCUGUAUCGUUGCUGCAUGCUCUUUGUGGAUGACAUGGCUGAGCCAAGGGAGACGCCAGAGCAUCCUCUGAAGCAGAUAAAGUUUUUGCUGGGUCGGAAAGAAGAAGAGGCAGUGCUGGUUGGGGGUGAGUGGUCUCCUUCCCUGGAUGGCCUCGACCCUCAGGCUGAUCCGCAGGUGCUGGUGCGCACAGCCAUCCGCUGUGCGCAAGCCCAGACUGGCAUUGACUUGAGCACCUGCACCAAGUGGUGGCGCUUUGCUGAGUUUCAGUACUUGCAGCCGGGACCGCCCCGGCGGCUGCACACAGUGGUGGUGUACCUGCCAGACAUCUGGACCAUCAUGCCCACUUUGGAGGAGUGGGAGGCUCUAUGCCAGCAGAAGGCCGCAGAGGCAGCUCCCCCAACCCAGGAGGUGGCAGGGGAAGCAGAGUCUACCGAACAGGCCCCUGAUGCAUCGGAGCAAGCAGCAGACACUUCUAAACAGAAUGCUGAGACUCCAGAGGCUACUGCACAGCAGGAAAUGGACACUGAUCUCCCAGAGGCUCCUCCACCCCCUCUGGAACCAGCUGUCAUGGCACAUCCUGGCUGUGUAAACCUCUCCCUCCAUGGGAUUGUGGAGGAUCGGAGACCAAAAGAAAGGAUCUCUUUUGAGGUGAUGGUGUUGGCUGAGCUGUUUCUGGAGAUGCUGCAGAGGGAUUUUGGCUAUAGGAUUUAUAAGAUGCUACUGAGCCUUCCUGAAAAGGUUGUGACCGCCCCUGAACCUGAGAAGGAGGAGGCGGCCAAAGAGGAAGUGGUCAAGGAGGAGGAAGCUGUCAAGGAGGAGGUGGCCAAGGAGUCCAAGGAUGAGGUACAGAAUGAGGGCACGGCUGCCGAGUCAGACACCCCAUUGAAGGAGGAUGGACUUUUGCCCAAACCACCCUCUUCUGGGGGUGAGGAGGAAGAGAAGACCCGGGGUGAGACAUCCGAGGACCUGUGUGAGAUGGCCCUGGACCCAGAGCUGCUACUUCUGAGGGAUGAUGGGGAGGAGGAGUUUGCAGGAGCAAAGCUAGAGGACUCGGAAGUCCGAUCUGUUGCCUCAAACCAGUCAGAGAUGGAAUUUUCCUCACUUCAGGACAUGCCUAAGGAGCUGGACCCAUCUGCUGUGCUUCCCUUGGACUGUCUUCUAGCUUUUGUGUUCUUUGAUGCCAACUGGUGUGGCUAUCUGCACCGGCGGGACUUGGAGAGGGUCCUUCUUACCCUGGGGAUUCGGCUCAGUGCAGAACAGGCCAAGCAGCUGGUCAGCAGGGUGGUGACACAAAACAUUUGCCAGUACCGGAGCCUCCAGUACAGCCGCCCUGAAGUGGUGGAUGGUGGGCUUCCUGAGGAGGUGCUCUUUGGAAACCUGGAUCUGCUGCCUCCUUCUGGGAAGAGUACAAAGCCAGGUGCUGCUCCCACGGAACACAAAGGCCUGGUGCCCCAUAAUGGCAGCCUGAUCAACGUGGGGAGCCUGCUGCAACGUGCAGAGCAGCAGGACAGUGGCCGGCUCUACCUGGAAAACAAGAUUCAUACACUGGAACUGAAGCUGGAGGAGAGCCAUAACCGUUUCUCAGCCACUGAAGUGACGAAUAAGACACUGGCGGCAGAGAUGCAGGAGCUGCGGGCCCGGCUGGCUGAGGCGGAGGAGACAGCUCGGGCAGCUGAACGGCAGAAGAGCCAGCUUCAGCGGCUGCUGCAGGAGUUCCGCAGGCGCCUGACCCCGCUGCAGCUUGAGAUGCAGCGGAUGGUUGAAAAGGCCGAUAGCUGGGUAGAGAAGGAAGAGCCAGCACCUAGCAACUGAGGGACUUUGCUCAGGAGUGGCCGUCCUGUGAGGUCAGCGGUGGAGCCUGAUGACGUUAGAGCCCUUUUGGUACCAGAGAGCAGCUGGAGCAGGGCUGGGAGCCUCAGGCAGGGGUGGCUGAGCCCUGUACUCAGCCUCUGCAGGGGAUGCCAAGCCAUCAGGGUGGGGUCUGUGCUAUGUGGGUGGAUGUGUGAGGAACCCCAGUUCCAGCUACAACUAAAUAUAACAUCUUUUGCACCCCUAGAAUGUCAUUUUGCCCUCAACCUUGGAAUUUCUCCCAGGGCCCUUGUAGUCUUGUGCUGUCUCCUGUCCUCUUUCAGAUUAGAGUGAGACAGGGGAGGAAAAGGCUUUUCAAGCCUGUGACAAGGUCUGAUGCUAGUAAACUGAAGAAACAGUCAUGGAGUCUGGUGGGGGCUAAGAAAACCCCUUCCUUUGGAUGGCACAAGUCCUAUAGGUUCCAGGCGCAGACUCCUGGGGGGCUCUGGUGGCCGUCGUGGGAAUGGAGUCUAAGCUAGAAAGCUCUCGGUGUUGGGCCGGGAGUGCCAAUAGAACACUGUGUUCCAGCCACCCCAGACUCGCCAGAAGAAACCAGCACCUCCUUCCCCGGCUCCUGUGUUCAGAAUGUGGUAUUGGCUCUGGCCCAGCCUUUUUCCCUGUUACCCAUAAUUCUCGCCUCUUUCCAUAAUCCGUGGUUUCAGUUUGACUUUGUAUAUAAAGUUGGUUUUUUUUUUUUUUUUU